AUGCCUCCCAAACGCAUGUACGUCGAUGGCCCCGGCUCGCGCCGCGCACCAAAGGGUUUCGUUGCCUCCACCUACGAGACCCUGACCUCCUCCGAGAACGCUGCCGUCGUCCGCAGCAUUGCCGUCUUCGGGGCUGCCGUGGCCUUCCUUUCCAGCCCUUGGGGCGAGAUUCUUCUGCCACCGUGA